AUGAUGUCCAGAAGCCAGUCUAGUCUGGGAUACUUGGACGCGGUCCAGGAGCCCUCCGCGCAAGGCGCCUCCCCGUCCUUCCAACAACAGUCUUCGUCAGGCCCGAUCAACCUCUCUGGCCUGGUGUGCAAUGUGCGCCGGACAACCGGCAAGGAGCCUCACCCCCUGGUGGGUGCGACCACAACUAUCUUGGGGGACAAGCUAUACGUUUUUGGAGGACGGAUUCUUUCACGCAGUCGCCCGCAACUGACUUCCGAUCUGUAUGAACUGGAUCUCAUUCGGCGACACUGGACCAAGAUUGAGCCGACCGGGGAUAUUCCUCCACCGCGGUAUUUCCAUAGUGUAUGUGCGCUGGGUGAUAACAAGUUGGUUUGCUAUGGAGGCAUGUCGCCCGCGCCGAGCACACCCAAGGAUCCAUCGAAUCCUGCUGCAUCCACGCCGGAAUCCCAGUCGGAGGUGGUGGUCAUGUCGGACAUUCAUAUCUUCGACGUCCCCUCGCGGACAUGGACCCGUGUCGCAGCUCACGAGUCGCCACAAGGACGAUAUGCACACUGCGCUACGAUCCUCCCUUCCAGUGCCUCGUUUACCUCGGCCAGUGCGCCGUUGUCGGCGAUCCAUCACAACCCAGAGUCCACCACGCCGCACCAAGGCUCCAUUGGAGUCGAUAUCGAUGGGUUUGGCGGUGCGGAAAUGGUAGUUGUCGGUGGCCAAGACAGUUCCAACCAUUAUAUCGAGCAGGUCAGUGUGUUCAAUCUCCGCAGUCUCAAGUGGACCAACACCAGUCCCCUGGGACGCAGCUGUGGCGCAUAUCGCAGCGUGGUUGCGCCCCUGGUGGAGAUGGACGUCUCCGAGGUAGGCUCAGCCGCGCCCGACCGCGAGACUCACGAGCCGAUCGAGGAAACCGAGUCGACAGGCUGCCCUAUGCUGAUCUAUUCCAAUUACAACUUCCUGGAUGUUAAACUGGAGCUGCAGGUGCGUCUGCCGGACGGGCGCCUUGUUGAGCGACCGAUGCAGAGCCAAGCGUCUCCCCCUGGGCUGCGCUUCCCUAAUGGCGGCAUCAUUAAUGGCCACUUUGUGGUUAGCGGCACCUACCUGACAUCCUCGAAGCAAGAAUAUGCACUCUGGGCUCUGGAUCUUAAGACUCUGACUUGGGGGCGUAUUGACGCUGGUGGGGCAGUCUUUGGCCAUGGUAGCUGGAAUCGCGGUAUUCUCUGGCCGCGCCGCAGUGCCUUUGUCAUUCUUGGACAUCGGAAGCGAAGUCUCGUCGAUGACUACAACCAUCGACGGAUUAACUUCUCACACAUUUGUCUGGUCGAGCUUGAGGCCUUUGGGCUAUACAAUAAUCCAUCACGGACCGCUUCCACGUCGGGAUACAAAUCAUACAGUUCUCCCUCGGUUCCUGCAUCUUUACAACAGAAACUGUCCCAAUUGACGACCGGUGGCCGGCCUCUAUCCGCAACGUCAGAUGAACUAGGCAAGCUGGCCCUGUCAUUGCACGAAAUGUCGGACAUGGAGCUGCAGGCCGUGGGUGGAGAACGGAUCCCUGUCAACUCCCGUGUCCUUGCUCGCCGCUGGGGUCCAUACUUCAUCCAGCUUCUCCGCGAAUCGUCCGAUGGUGGAGUUGCGGACGCUGCAACGCUUCGUCCGGCUCUAAUGCACCCAAGCCGAAACUCAAGCAUCACCAUUACUCCGUCGGUUGGGCAUAAUAGCACCUAUUCCAAUGCGACGACCUUGGUUAACCCUGCGGUUCCUUCCAAAGCGCUCCUCGAGAACUUGGAGGCUCCCUCUGCCCAUGGCCUCGCGCCGACCUCACGGCCGCGCGUGCUCUACCUCCCCCACACCAUCCUCACCGUCCAAGUACUCGUCCAGUACCUCUAUACCUCAACUCUCCCUCCCCCAGGAUCCUCCCUGUGCACACCUCAGAUCCUCUGCUCCCUCCUCCAACUCGCGCGCCCAUACCAGAUAGACGGACUACUGGAAGCGACCGUUGAACGUCUGCACCAAGUCCUUGACGGACGCAACGCCGCAGCAGUCUUCAACGCCGCCGCCAUGGCUGCAGGCGGUGGUCGUGGCACCGGGUUCACCGGCGGCCUAGGCGGCACGCUAGAAGCCCUGAACGGAGCCCAAAGCACCGGCAACGGCACAAUCCCCGGCAUGUCAGAGGCUGGAACAAAUUCCCAACAGAGCGUGCUCCUCGCCUCCGACUCCUCCGAUACCGAGCACGGCGGCAUGACCGCCCCGUCAGCCUCCGGCAGCGCCAACGACCUAACCAAUCCCACGCGCGGUCUCCCCGCGCUACGCAUCGACACAAACCUGUCACAGCCACGCAGUCACCAGCGCGGCCGCCGCGACUCCACCAGCAACCCCAGCACGGCAACGUCCGCAUCCAGCGCUAGCUUCAGCCAGUCCGACUCGGAAUUCGUUAGUGACAGCGAGAGCCGGUCCGCGUCUCGCGCCCACCACCGUCGUGACACGGACGCUGAGCUCCGCCCGCAGCGUGAAAUCUGGACGGGCGAUUUGAGCAGCGUCAUUGGACUGCAGAAGCGUGGGUUGCGCGGGUUAAUGGAGGGGAGGAGGAUACGCGAGCGCAGUGCGAAGCCGCCUAGUGGUGGCAGUGGCACGACCUCUGUGCCUCCGUCGGCGGGAUCAGAUCACCAUCUGCCUCUGCAGGGGGUCGCGGGCUAA